AUGGCAAACGUUAGAGCAGCCCGCAUCGGCAACCCUGCAUUGUUCAUUUGUGAUAUACAAGAGAGGUUCAGAUCAAUUACAUAUGAAUUCCCGAAACUAGUAUCGACGUCUCUCAAACUCCUACGAGCUUCCAAACCUCUCAACAUCCCGAUCUAUGUAACCACGCAAAACUCCGCUCGUCUGGGCCCCACCGUCGCUGAGCUCGAUGAAUAUAUACAGCCGUCGAACCCUAAUCUGCGCAUCAACUGUGACAAAACCCUCUUCUCCAUGAUAACUCCAGAAGUCAAGGUGAAACUACCAAGCGGGAAACCUCUUGAUGCGAUCAUUGUUGGUCUCGAGUCGCACGUUUGCGUUACCCAGACCGCUCUAGAUCUUCUAUCGUUGGGCCAUCGGGUGUAUAUCAUUGCCGAUGGAGUAAGCAGUGCCAAUGUGGAAGAGAGACAUGUAGCGUUGGCCAGGCUGCGGGACGCUGGUGCUAUCGUGACGACCAGCGAGAGCAUCUUGUUUGAGAUAAUGGGUGAUUCUAAGAUUGAGGUGUUUAGAGAGAUUAGUGGACUAGUUAAAGAGACAGGGAAGGAUACCAAGGGUGCUUUGGAAGCAUUCUGCGCUGCCAGCAAGAUUUAA